CUUCUGUCUCGCUCUCUUGCUCUUCCCAAACAAGAAGCCGAAAUGCAGAAGCAAAACCAACCCAUCUCUUGCUCUCUUCCCCCGCCAAACCAAAACAGCAAGAAACCAUCCAUGGCGAGCCAGAAAGGAGCCGCGCCGACAGGCCGAUCGGGCGGUGCCGACGGCAUCCGCUCGCACACGGACGCCGAAAACGAUCCAUCAUCAUCGGCGCCCGAGGACUUCGAGUUCUGCAUACUCUCGUCAGGUGGGCUCGCGCUGGCCGGAGAGGACGCGGCCGACAUGUGCGCCGCCGACGAGGUCUUCUCCGGCGGGAAGCUCCUCCCUUUCCGCCUCUCCUCGGUGGCCUCGGCCGACGCGUCUUCCGCGCUCAUGCUGCUCCGCUCGGACUCGCUGGACGGCGCCGCGAUGGCGGCGUCCACCAGCGGUUUCAGCUCGCGCUCCGUCAGCCGCAGCGCGAGCUCCAGCAGCAGCAGCAGCUGCGUCAGCCGGAGCACGUCGUCCAAGAGCGCGUCCUCGGACCCCGCCAGCGUCGCGAGCUGCCCUCCUCCUCCCAGCAAGGGCGCCACGGCCGACGCCGCCGUUCCGCCGCGGCGGUCGCUGUCGAGCAGCGUGUUCUACGCGCACCCGAGCCCGUCGCCGCGCCCGCCGCGCCGGAGCGCACGCCCCGCGGCCGCGCCCGCGGCUCGCCGCAGCACCGGGUCGGCGCCGCCGGCGUCGUGGGGCGUCAUACGCCUAGGCGUCGUCGGCGCCCCCGAGAUGUACGCGCCGCGGCCGGCCGGAGCGAGGGGCGGGAGCCGGAGCGCGAGGUUUGAUCAGCCAAGGACCGCCGCCAAGGAGGACAAGAAGCUCGCGCUGGGGCUGCUGGGGGCCGGCCUUGUGUGCUCGUGCUCGCCUGACGCCGUCGCGCCCGUGGGCUCGGCGGAGGUGGCCGCGGCGGAGGCGAGGCGGAGGAGGAAGAAGGCGGAGGAGAAGAAGAGAGCGGCGAAGCAGAGCGGGCAGAGCACUUCUCGGAGGAGCAGGAUCCUCGAGUGGCUGGAGGAGCUCUCCAUUUCCAAGGAGAAGAGCGUCGUGUAGAUACAGAUCGUCUCCUGACUGAAAUUGUUUUCAACAUUUCUUCGUUCUUUGAUGGAUCGAGUCACUCUGGGAAAUAUUUGUCACUUCAA